CGCCAUGGAGCUCACGCGCGAGAAUGCCCGCGAGAUUUACUGCUUGCCUGUGCGACAAGCCAAGCAGUACCUUCCAGAGAUAUUUAGGAGACUCCGAAAGCCGGCAGAACAGCAGCAGGACUGGGUGCAAGACUAUGUCGCAUGGUUGAGGCAGAAGUUUCUCCAAUACUGCAUGUCCUGUUUCGGUGUUCCUCGGGGAUGGGAUGCAUUCGCAGAAGCUUGUGUCGAAGCGGGUGUUUGGGAGACAUUCACGGAGCUUGCACUUCAGCCUAUCAACUAUGCGUGCUGGAUCGCGAUCUUCAACGCCUUGGACGCUUUGUGCUAUCUUUGUACCGUGUCUACACUGAAGCAACGUCGAAUACUAUUCGAGAGAUGCGUCAAGUGCAAUGCACUAGAUACACUCGUGAAGAUGAUCCGAGAGCACAACUACAACUUGCGCAAGUAUAUUGCUAUCCGUGUCUUGCGAGCUGUCGCCUCAGACUUGUUUCUUCCUGAGAUUUUGUCUCCCGAGACUGCAGCAGAUCUUGUUGAAUUCUUAGCCAGCUGGACACGGGACGACGAGACUAGGUGGAUGGAGCAGAUGCGCCAACCGGUCGAGACCUGGCAGAUUGCGAUAAUGACCAAUCGUCUCACGGUCCCGCGCCCAAUGGGCGUAGCAUAUGGCCAAAGAUGGUACGGCAUGACCCAAGAACUUGCCAUGUUCGCCGCGUAUGGCAUCCUUUCUCGCUAUCCCCUUCAUUCCCGCCAAUACUGCCUGGAUGUCCUCAAGGCUCGUCCGGUCAUUGUGGAUCUGCUCCUUGAUGUUGCUGCCCUUCCCCGACCCGUUGCAUACCCAGAGGUCCAGAUAGAUCAGCUAGCCUCCGAAACUCUUGCUCUCCUGUUCCAAUUUCCUCGACGGACGAUCCCUGGGGUACAGCUCCCUGUACCAGAUGAAGGCAACAAUGAACUGUACGAGGAAUACAAGGCGACGAUCGAAGCUCUAAAGAUCCUCACUUCUCGACCGAGCUGGGUUCAACGAAUUCUUACUGCCAGUAGAGAAGACUUCCCCUCAAUGGGCUAUAUCCUGAAUAGCUCUUUUAGGAAGAUAUCUCGCGUCGUCACCGAUUAUUACGGCGUCCCUCCGAACGAGAACACGACAAAGAUGAUCUAUGACUCUAGAGGCCAAUCAAGAAACUCCAUGCUCCGCUUGAUAUCUGCCAUUACUCACCUAGACAAUAUUUCUGACGGCGAACUAAUCUCUUUUCUCCGCGUUGCCUACCUCGCCAGUCAGGGUUCGCUGAAGAAGUCGCUGGAAAAUUUCGUACCGCGGAGCCACCGCGAGACCUGCGAGCAAAGCGAACGUACAACAGACGCGUACCGUAAAGCCGUCUGGGCGAAUGUCGCCGACUAUCCCUCCGAGCCGACGUGCAUUGUCCCAGAACAAGCCAUUUCAGGACCCGUCGCACUGCUGCGGCUUCUGACAAUAUUGGCUGAGCGCGGCGUUCUCGAUGAGAUCCCGAAGUGGACGUCACUCCCAGUGGGCACCGUACCUGGGACUGAGCUGAAGCAAGUACAGCAAAUAACGAGCUUGGAAGUCAUACAAAAGCUCCUUCCCCUUGUUGUGCGACGUGUCACGAUCGCGCGCGACAAGGUGCGAGAGUGGGUGGUAAGUCCCAAGCCCCGGAGACGGACACAUGGCACGAGCGCACUCUUUGCCGCCAGCGGAGCUUGCGGUGUCGCUGUUCACCUUCAACGAGGCAACUAAGGGCCGCUGGGAGGUACAGAUGCGCGGCGCGAAGAAAGAGCUCGUGC